AUGAAGGAGCACCACAGGGUGUCAGACUCGUCCGAUGACAGCGACCAAAGCGAUCUAGACUAUGCCGCAAUUAUCCACGCCAGGAAGGGCCUCCCAGAUGAAAUUGGAGUCGGCCAGAUGGGCAGCGUAGAUCCUGAGAAUGAAGGGUCCGGUGGCGUCAUCCACACUGAGCCACUGCCGAGUGACCACACAGAAAGCCCGGGCAGCAAUGGAGCCUUACCGAGCCACUCGCGAAAAAGUUCUGAUGCGCGCGUAAGAUUUAUCAGAGUGGAUGCUGCGGAGCCUGCCAGUGGCAUCGAGACAAAGACCCUGGCAAGUCGCAAAGUGCGAGAUAGAUUUGCUCUGGGCCUCUUUAAUGGAGCAGCCAGAGAAGAUCAUGAGGAGGAGGCAAGGGUCGAUAGUGUCACCCUUACUCACCGGCGCAUGAGCAUGGCUGACCCUGGUCACUACGGAGGCAGCGGCGGCCCGCGGAAGCAGGAGGCGAGGAGGGCCACUUUCUCAGCCAUCAUUCGGCGACAGAGCAUCCAGCAGGUCUCAGGCAGCAUCAGGGCCGUGGGCAGGAGCUUUGCCUCGAGCUUUGCCUCGAAGCCAAAGGUGAGCAUGCUGGCGAGGGAGGUUGUGCAGCACCCAGCUGUGCCGUCAGCGCUCAAGCAUGGCUCCAGGGAUCAGCCUGAGCAGGGGUCGGGAACUUCAAGGCGCCACAGUGACCAACCCCACCUUAGGUAUGUGGGGUCAUUCAAGAGGCAGUUCAAAGAGCAGGAAGCCCGGUCCCUGAAGGAAAGGAUACGCUGCCGGCCUGGCAGUGACACGCCAGAGUGUGUCUGCUUGGUUGCUGUGGAGGAGGAGGGGGACAGUGGGACUGUCAUGGGCACCCUGGAUGCAGAGCCCCCAGGACCACCCACGCCCAAGCACCGGCAUAUACCAGAGGGGGCCACGUACCUGCUGAACGUGGUGGUGUCCCAGAAGCACCGGAAGCGAGGGAUUGGCCGGGCGCUGAUGGCAGCUGCCGGGAAGCUGGCCAAGGAGCAGUGGGGCUCCGGCAGCAUGUGCACCCAUGCAGCCCUUGCAUUGUACAGAAUGUGCGGCUUUGAGGAGGUAAAUGAAGAGGGUGUCCUCAAUGAGUCUGAGUCUGCUGUUGGCGGGUCCCUCCUUGGGAAGCAGCUCUUAAUGCUUGCUGCCCUAUAG